UGUGGCACCACGUGGACUUCCCGUACUCUCCGCCAUUAAACACAAUGAAGAAAGCGUCGGAUGUAGUCUCGCGAGAAGAAUCCAUUCUCAUUACUACGUAAUGUGCCGUGCUGCUUAUGGCGGCGCUGGUGACAGUGCUGAAAGCUGUUGGGUAUGAAGUGUAACAGAACUGAUUUUUGUACCAUCUGAAACUGCUGCUUCAAGUUCAGAUCACACCGAAGUAACAAAAUAGAAACGACACAAGACGAGCAAAAGUUGCAACCACGUUCCCAAGACAACGACGACGACGACAACGACAACAACAAAAAAAAAAGGAUCGUUUUUGAAAAAUCAAGGAAAAAGAAACCAAACAAACGCAACCAAAGAACCAAGAAGACAAGACUGCCCGCCCAGACGAGCCCGAAGAACGCUUUUACCAACACACGACAAAGCAAAAAAACAAAAACGAAAAAAAAACGAAGACAUUACUUGAUCUGAGACCAGAAGUUUGUGCCUACUCAACAGCUUUGACAAAGCACACGUCCCAACGCUGCUCACAGCCCUCCUCCUCAUCCUCGCCGCGUCUUCAUCUCGCCCGGGGGUUUGGAGAGGGCUGCUCUUCGCUAGUUUUGACAUAGUCCCCCUCCUGUCUCCCUCCCUCUCUCUCUUUCUCUCUCUCUGUUUUUACACUGUUGUUUAUUUGUUUAAAAAACAGUGUUAUUACGCCUGUCUGCCUUUUUUUUUCUUCUUUUUUUAGUUUUGUUUGUGUUUGUUUUUUGUUUUGGAAACUUAUCAGAACACGUGCCAGAAACGUGAAAAUCGCACGUGUGUGUGUGUAAUUUGUGUGUGUGUGUGUGUGUGUGUUUGCGUUUGCGUGCCUGUGAGAGUGAAUAGAACACAAGGCUGCCACACCUGUACGUCGGCGACUGUCCCGAGACGUCACCUGAAGUUUCCGAGACUCUGAGCAAGAAAUCAAGAAGGUGUGUCGUUGGGUGUGGUUCAUGUUAUUUAACAAAAACAAACAGCAAAAAACACAACAAAAAUAAAUAAAAAAAAAAAAAAAAAGAAUAGUUUUCCAGCGGAAGGCAGACGUGUGAGCGAGCGACCCGGUGCGGACAGCAGGAAGGGGGGUGGAGUUUGGCAGGGGUGUAUGGGAAAAUAUGGGCAGCCCCUGGAAAGGCUUUGUCGAGUUUACCUUGCCGGCGUCGCCUCCCGCCGCGUACGUUAGCGCUGACCUGGGCAGCACCUCCCCCGUCGGACUGAGCCUGUCUCCAUACGGCCGCUCCAUGAGCUUUGACCCCGGCCUGCUCCACAACAACGGGCACUCCGCCUUCGCCAACGGCACGGGGGGCGGCCUGCGGGAGACGGGCGUGGUGGAGAAGCUGCUGACCUCCUACGGCUUCAUCCAGUGCUCGGAGCGCCAGGCCCGCCUCUUCUUCCACUGCUCCCAGUACAACGGCAACCUGCAGGAGCUCAAGCUCGGAGACGAUGUGGAGUUUGAGGUGUCGGCGGACCGGCGCACGGGCAAGCCCAUCGCGGUGAAGCUGGUGAAGAUCAAGUCGGAGGUGCUGCCGGAGGAGCGCAUCUCGGGGCAGGUGGGGCCUGGGCUGCUCGGCUCUCCCUUUACUGUGCUGCAUGGUUUUAUUCAUCCAGUCGUGUCCGCCAUCCCUACUCACCUGGACGGGAAGUCCGCGCCGGGCCAGGUGCCGACGGGCAGCGUGUGCUACGAGAGGAACGGGGAAGUGUUCUACCUGACGUACACGUCCGAGGAUGUGGAGGGGAACCUGCACCUGGACACGGGGGACAAAGUCAGCUUCUACAUGGAGACGAACAAGCACACCGGUGCGGUCAGCGCCCACAACAUUGUCCUGGUCAAGAAGAAACAGAUGAGAUGCCAAGGAGUGGUCUGUGCUACCAAGGAGGCCUUCGGGUUCAUCGAGAGGGGAGACGUGGUGAAGGAGAUCUUCUUCCACUACAGCGAGUUCAAGGGAGACCUGGAGGCGCUGCAGGCGGGCGACGACGUGGAGUUCACCAUUAAGGAGAGAAACGGCAAGGAGGUAGCCACGGAGGUGCGGCUGCUCCCCCAGGGAACGGUCAUCUUCGAGGACAUCAGCAUUGAGCAGUUUGAGGGCACCGUCGCCAAGGUUAUCCCCAAGGUGCCCAACAAGAACCAGAACGACCCGUUGCCUGGGCGGAUCUGCGCCAGGAUCAAUUUCGCGGAGAAGGAGCUGCUCUUCGGGGAGAAGGACACCAAGUCCAAGGUGACGCUGCUGGAGGGCGACCACGUGCAGUUCAACAUCUCCACCGACCGGCGGGACAAGCUGGAGCGGGCCACCAACAUCGACAUCCUGCCCGACACCUUCCACUUCACCAAGGAGACCCGCGAGAUGGGCGUGAUCGCUGCCAUGCGGGACGGUUUCGGCUUCAUCAAGUGCGUCGACCGGGACGCCCGAAUGUUCUUCCACUUCAGCGAGGUCCUGGAGGAGAGCCAGCUGCACAUCUCUGACGAAGUGGAGUUCACCGUCGUGCCCGACAUGCUGUCGGCCCAGAGGAACCACGCAGUGCGAAUCAAGAAGCUUCCCAAGGGCACGGUGUCCUUCCACACGCAGUCCGAGCAGCGCUUCGUGGGAGUGGUGGAGAAGGAGGCCGUGGCUGCCUCCUGCAGCAAGAGCGCCAGCCCCAGCAAGACCAAGGAGAAGAAAAAAGAGAAGGGUAAAGUGGAAAAGGACGCGGAGGAGGGCGUGAUCGCGUACGAGGACUGCGGCGUGAAGCUGACCGUGGCCUAUCACAGCAAGGACCUGGAGGGCUGCGCUCUGCCACAAACGGGAGAUAAGGUGGAAUUCUCCAUCAGUGAGGUCAAAAGGACUGGGCAGCAGAGCGCCGUGUCCUUGAAGAUCCUCAACCGCACGGUCAACACCAAGAGGCUGCUGGGAUACAUCGCCACGCUCAAGGACAACUUUGGGUUCAUCGAAACGGCCAAUCACGACCAGGAGAUAUUCUUCCACUACAGUGAGCUGUGUGGGGACCUGGAGAGCCUGGAGCUGGGGGACACUGUGGAGUACACCCUGUCCAAGGGCAAGGGCAACAAGGUCAGCGCAGAGAAGGUCACCAAGGUGGCUGCAGUGAACGGCGUGGGGGAGGACGUGAGCGCCGCCGUGCUCCUGGGGAAGGUGUUGCGCCCCCUGCGCAGUGUGGACCCCUCGCAGACGGAGUACCAGGGGCUGAUCGAGGUCACGGAGGAGGGAAGUUCAAAAGGCCAGAGCUUCCCCUUUGGCAUCGUGGGCAUGGCUAACAAGGCGGACUGCCUGCAGAAGGGGGAGAUGGUGAAGUUCCAGCUGUGCACUGUGGGUACCACGGGACAGAAGAUGGCCUGCAACAUCGUGCCCCAGCGCCGCGCCCUGGUGGAGUGUGUCAAGGACCAGUUUGGGUUCAUCACGUACGAGGUUGGGGAGGGCAAGAAGCUCUUCUUCCACGUGAAGGAGGUGCAGGACGGGCUGGAGCUGCAGGCGGGGGACGAGGUGGAGUUCUCGGUCAUCCUUAACCAGCGCACGGGCAAGUGCAGCGCCUGCAACGUGAGACGAGUCAGCGAGGGACCCAAACCGGUGGCUACCCCGCGGCCCGACCGGCUGGUGAACCGGCUGAAGAGCAUCACGCUGGACGACGCCAGCGCCCCCCGCCUGGUCAUCCUGAGGCAGCCGCGCGGGCCCGACAGCUCCAAGGGUUUUAAUGUGGAACGGAAAAUCCGCCAAGCUGGUGUCAUCGACUGAACCGCCGUCCGUGCCCCCCCCCCCCACGUGGUUAAUUUGGGGGGGGGGGGGGGGGGUUGGGAGGGGGGGUUUGAGAAGUUCAGCCCUGAGAUGUGAUUGACGGGGGGGCGGGGGCGGGGGUACGGGGGAAGCUGCAUUGUCGCUGGAGAUCUGCAUGCGCAGCCCCUCCCCCUACCUGUUCUUGUCCCCGCCCCUUUAACAGGUCCCUCUUAUUCCAUUGGUCCUCUGCUCUCCAUGUGGGUGUGGUCUCUUGGAUACUGGCCGGGCUGGGCACUGCAGUGUUAGGUGGAAGGGGGGGGAGCCUCUCUCCUCCGCCUGCGUGCGUCCGUGAGCGAGCGUGUCUGCGACGGAGAGAGUGAGCGAGUGAACGGACGAAAAGGAGACGUGGCGAGUAGAGGAAACGGUUUGGAGGGCACUGUGACCUCGCAGAACGAGGAUGAAACUAUGCCGCAGCCUCUGUCUGAGUCCCCAUCUCGUCCGGAACUGGAAAAGGUUGUUUUUUUUGGCGAGAGUAUGGAAUUCUGCACCCACAUUAUACGUGUGGUUGUGUGUGUGUGUGUGUGUGUGCGUGCGUGUGUGUGUGUUUUGUUUUUGUUUUUUUUCCUAUUUCUUUAUUUUUUUCUGCAUCCUCUUCACCUCACGCAAGAGAAAAUGGGGAUUCCUUUAUUUGAUUUAUUGUUUUACUAUUUUUUUCAAAUGUAAUGGGUGUUUUCUAAUAAAUAAAUGAAACAAAUGCUUAGCUGUGGAGAGGAAACGGAGACUUGAUGUAUUUGUCAGAUAUGUGGAUGGACACACACACACACACACACACAAAAGGUACUUCCCUGCUCGGUUUUUAGAGCAGUUUUAAAAGUCUAUAUCUGCGGAAAAAAAAACUGGCGUGAAAGUGCUGUGUUUGUAAAAGUCGGUCCUCACAUGUAUGUGAUCGUGUAAAUGAACUCCCUUUUUUGGGAUUUUUCUCCCCCCCCCACGCCCCCCUCCCGUGUGUGGUGAGAAGUCACAGCCAUUUUAUCUGGAGUAUGGUGAGUGUUCUGGUCUUGAUAUAGCCACGCCCCUCUGGUGAUAGUCCCGCCCUCUUUUUUUUUUUUCCCCCCUCCGGGUGCAGAAUUCUAAAACGUAUGUUCUCGCCAGCAGUUCUCCUGCUUUUAUACAACAAUAUUUUUUUCUUUGCACAUCUCAGCUUUUGUUUUUUGUUUUUUUAUUUCAUUGAGACUUUACAUUUCUGCUAAUUACAAUAAAAUAUAAAAAAAAAUAAAAAUACGGUGCCUAAAAAUACAUAAAAUAAAAAACAAAAAAAAGUAGUAAUGUACCUUCUUUCCCCAGCCAAUCGCCAAAAUAUAAAGAACAAUCUUAGGAUGGCUUUUUUUUGGUAGAAUAAUGCAGGUUUGCAUCCCAAUAACUGUGGGUUGAAAAUAUACUGUAUGUAAUGUGUGCUUUUUUUUUUUUUUUUCUUAGUGGAAAUUCCAACAUCAUGAUAAAACUGAUAGAAAAUAAACAAAAUGUUAACUUGCUUAAGUUAAGAAAGCAAAAGUAAUAAUAAAAAAAAAACGAAGUAUUUAAAUAAGUACAAGAUCAUAACGAGAAUCAGGAUUUCAAUUAGUGACGGAGAGGAUUUGGAAGGGGUACCAAUGGUGCCUCUGCUGACACAUGGAGUCAUUACUGUUAAAAUUAAACUGGAGAACGCUGGGUUCCUGUUGAGCCACACACACAGGUUCUCCCAUGUACUUUUGUUAAUGGUCAUGAAUGAAAGAAAAAUAAACGUUUUACGAAAAAA